AUGGCAUCGUGCUCGGACGAUAUCAUUUGGCAGGUGAUAAACCACCAAUUCUGUGCCUUUAAGCUCACGACAGCUCAGAAGGAUAGUUUCUGUCGGAACGAGUAUAAUGUUAACGGUGUUUGCAGCCGGCUAACCUGUCCUCUUGCCAAUGCAAAGUACGCUACGAUUCGAAACGUCGACGGCCGGAUCUAUCUGUAUAUGAAGACUGCUGAACGACAGCAUAUGCCGAAUAAAUGGUGGGAGCGUAUCAAGCUUUCGAAGAAUUACGCCACUGCUUUGGAGCAGAUCGACCAGCACCUGAUCUACUGGUCGCCCUUCCUGAUUGAUAAGUGCAAGCAACGUUUGACCCGGUUGGUGCAGGUAGCCAAUGCUGAAAGACGGCUUGCACUCAAGGAGCAAGAGAGGCAAUACACACAUGUGGCGCCCAAGAUCCGUCGGCGUGAACAAACGAGAGAACGGAAGGCAUUGACGGCAGCCAAGCUCGAAAGAGCUAUUGAGAAAGAGCUUUUGGACCGUCUUAAGAGCGGAGCAUACGGAGACCAGCCACUCAAUGUUGAUGAGAAGAUUUGGAGCAAGGUUCUUAGAGGUGUUGAAGACAAGGACGGCGAGGAAGCCGACGUCAAUGAAGAGCACGAGGAAGAAGAAGAGGAAGAGAGCGACGUUGGAGAGAUCGAGUAUGUCGAGGAUGACGACGAAGAUGUUGUCGACAUGGAAGAUCUCGAAAAAUGGCUGCAGGGCAGCGACGUUUCCGACCAAGGUGAACAGUCCAGCGACGAUAGCGAUGAGGGCGAUAACGACGACGACAAGAAGCGUCCGGCCAAAAAGCUUCGUGGGCACGUGGAAAUCGAGUACGAGCAAGAAAACUUGGUCGAUGCCGCUCGCUAA